CAAGGAGAAGUGAAUCUAAACCGAGCAAGACCUACAGUCCCCACACUCUCUCACACACACUCUCCACACGCACGAUUUCCGACGUAUGCUCCGACCUAUCUCCGGCAAUAUUUGAAGCCAAAAAGUUUCGUUAAGAUGAUAGGAAGAGAAUGAGGAGCGAUCUUCGUCGGCGGUCAAAUUCGCCAUGUCAGUUUCGUGCUCCGACUGCUUCUCCGACCUUUUGUGCGGCGAGGACUCCACUAUUAUCUUAUCCGGCGGUGGAGAUUUAUCGUCUGAAUAUUCAUCGGACCUCGAAUCUCCGACGGCGGAAGUUGAGGAAUCCAUCGCCCGACUCUUGGAAGACGAGAGAGAUCUAGCCGGAAUUAGUUCGCGCUCCACUCAUCAACCGAUUGAUUCGUCUGUUAGAGGGGAAUCUGUUGCAUGGAUUUUCAAGGUGCAACGAUAUUAUGGUUUUCAUCCAUUAACGGCGUAUCUCUCCGUCAACUAUUUUGAUCGUUUCCUUUACUCCCAUCGCUUGCCAAAAAUGAGUGGAUGGCCACUGCAACUAUUGUCCGUUGCAUGCUUGUCAUUAGCUGCUAAGAUGGAGGAACCUCUGGUUCCUUCUCUUCUGGAUCUUCAGGUUGAAGGUUCAUCAAAAUUUAUUUUUGAACCAAGAACUAUACAAAGAAUGGAACUUCUUGUUCUGAGGGUCUUAGAUUGGAGACUCCGUUCUAUUUCUCCAUUUUCCUAUCUCUGCUUUUUCGCACUCAAGAUGGACCCAACUGGAACUUUUACUGAGUUCCUUACGUCAAGGGCAAAAGAUAUUAUUCUCUCAACCAUUCGAGAGACCAGCUUCCUCGAAUAUCGGCCAUCUAGCUUUGCUGCUGCAGCAAUACUCUGUGCAGCAAAUGAUCUGCCAAAUUUCUCUUUGAUCACAGCUCAACAUGCUGAGUCAUGGUGUGAUGGACUCCACAAAGAUAAUAUUACGAGUUGCCACCAAUUGAUUCGACAAAUCAAUUUCAGUAUUAAGCCAAAGUCGCAACCAAAGGUUUUACCGCAGCUCCGAGUAAUGCCUCGGGCGAGUACUACUUCGAGUGCUUCAUCAUCAUCAUCAUCAUCAUCAUCAUCAUCCUCAUCCUCCUCCUUAUCCUUGUCUUAUAAAAGAAGGAAGUUAAAUAAUUCUUUGUGGUCCGAUGAUGAGAAAGGAAGCUCUGAUUAAGAGAGUUAAUUACAAUUAAGAAGAAAAAGAAAAGAAAAUGGUGGUGUGAGUUGUCUAGAAUCCUCAAUAUUUUUCCUCGGAGGGUACAAUGAGAUAAGAAUCGAGACGAGUGAUGUAGAUAAGUAAAUAGACAUAAUGGGUGUACAAAAUGUAUGGGAGAUUUCAUUAUAACCUUUCUUGGUGGGCAUAUUGUCAUCCAUGAAUAGGUUCGCAGAUUCCCAAGGGAAGGGAAGGGAAGGGGUAUUGAUACAUAUGUUAGUACUCCUAUUCUGGUGUGAGAAAGUGAUGAGAAUUGAAUAAUGUUAUAGUGGAGUGAUGGAGUACAUGAAUGAUUAUGAAGGGGAGAGCAGCGAUUGAAUUCAAUUGUAGCAUUGAUUGUUGAUGAAUAAAAGGGAUUGGUGGGUCCAGAAAGGGGUUGGAAAAUCAAUGGAGUUUGGCAAAAAAAUUGAUGUUGAGGUGCUGUUCAUGAAAUAGGAGUAGGUUACCAGGUCCAUCAUUGCACUAUACAAAGCUCCCCAUUCACAAAUUAAUGAAGUGAUGCAAUAAAAGAGAACAGGAGGGAGAUAUAAUAAGGUUCGUGCGUGGCUCCAUGAACACCUUAUGGGUUGUUGAGUGAUGUGUAUGCGCGCAUAUAGUGUGGUGUACACGUGUGCAUGUGUGCUUUUUUGGCGGGAAAUGUCCCUUUAUUUUUCUUUCUUUUGUCCUAACUAUAUACUUGGACAUAUAUAUAUAUAUAUAUAUUUCCUAAUACGUGUGUUGUUUGGGUGCGCGUGUAACAAAUACACGUGAAACUUCUUUUUCCUUAAACUUUUUCUCUUUUGGUUUUUGUUUGAAACGAGAGAAAAGUC